GGGAGGGAUCCGACCUGGCGCGCUCCGCUCCGCCCCGCCCAGGGGUUCACCGCUGUGGCGGCCCAGCAUGGAGGGCGAGAGUACGUCGGCGGUCCUUUCGGGCUUCGUGCUCGGCGCGCUGUCCUUCCAGCACCUCAACACGGACUCGGACUCGGAAGGUUUUCUUCUUGGGGAAGUGAAAGGUGAAGCCAAGAAUAGCAUUACUGAUUCCCAAAUGGAUGAUGUUGAAGUUAUUUAUACAAUAGACAUUCAGAAAUAUAUUCCAUGUUAUCAGCUUUUUAGUUUCUACAAUUCUUCUGGUGAAUUAAAUGAGCAAGCACUAAAGAAAAUACUAUCAAGUAUCAAAAAGGAUGUGGUGGGUUGGUAUAAAUUCCGACGCCAUUCAGACCAGAUCAUGACAUUUAGAGAAAGACUACUUCACAAAAAUUUACAGCAGCAUCUUUCAAGCCGGGAACUUGUUUUUCUGCUAUUAACACCAAGUAUAAUAACAGAAAGCUGUUCUACUCAUCGGCUGGAGCAUGCCUUAUAUAAACCACAGAAAGGACUUUUUCAUAGGAUACCCUUAGUGGUGGCCAACCUGGGCAUGUCUGAACAACUAGGUUAUAAAACUGUAUCAGGUUCCUGUACAUCCACUGGUUUUAGCCGAGCAGUAAAAACACACAGCCCUGAAUUUUUUAAAGAAGAUGGAUCUUUAAAGGAAGUACACAAGAUAAAUGAAAUGUAUGCUUCUUUACAAGAGGAAUUAAAGAGUAUAUGCAAACACGUAGAAGAGAGUGAGGAAGCAGUAGAAAAACUACUAAAGGAUGUAAACAGAUUAAAACAAGAAAUUAAAAAAAGAAAACAAGCACAGAUUCAAGCAGCACGAGACAAGAAUGUCCAAAAAGACCCUCAGGAGAACGUUACUCUUUGUCAAGCUUUACGGACCUUUUUUCCAGAUUGUGAAUUUCUUCACUCAUGUGUUAUCUCCUUGAAAAAUAGGCGUAUCUCUAAAAGUAGCUGUAAUACCAAUCACCAACAAAAUAUGGUAGACAACCUGACCUUAAUGGUAGAAUACACUGACAUUCCUGAAGCUAGUCCAGCUAGUAUUGCACGGCAAGAGAUGAAACAUAAAGCUUUAGAUACAGAUGACAGAAGGCAAUUCAAGAAGUUACGGCUGUUGGAGAUACAAAGCCAACCAUCUAAAACAGAUACUGAUAAUAGUAACCAAGAAAAGUCAUCCACGAGCAGCCCAGAAACGGAUGAGGAGAUUGAGAAAAUGAAGGAUUCUGGUGACUAUCCAAGAUCUCCUACAUUUUGAUCCUUUUAGGCCAAAAGAUUUUUGAUCAGCUGUGUCUGGCUAUUUGCAGUAAUACAUUAAAAAAAAAACACCUAACCACACCUAAUUUGACAACUAUUUUUUGAAACUAUUUCUAUUGGCAUUCCAAAGGAUUUACUUAGUUUUUAUUGCUGGAGUGACUUUUUAAUGCUCAUUUUUCAUCACUACAAUAACAAAUCAACUUACAGGAAGAGAACAAAAGAGCUGACCCUUGGCAAUGCAGAACUCAACAGGAAGGAGAGUCAUGGGCUUCAGUAAGAGUUUUAGGAAGAAUGUUUAGUUUAACCCAAUUUAAUGUAAUGAACUGGUUAAGUGGAGGUUGGCUAAGAGAGCUUUUGCUAUGUUUUCUGUAUUUGUCUGUUUUGUAAUAGUGAGAAUUUUCCAUGAAGUAUACACAUCUCAUGAAGCCUUCAUGUUUCACUCACUGUAUGAAAUGCUGAGCACACA